UUAAUAUUGUCCAAAUAAAUCAAAGAAAUUAUACUCAACGACAUAGAUCGAUCGAGACCAUCAUGGCAUCAAGACAAUCGGCGAAGACGGAGAGGGCUGAAGCCGAAGCCCGGAGGGCGGCGGACGAGCUCAGCGAAGUCAAUAAAGAUAAAAGAGAGAGCCGAGCAAUACGGCUGGAAACUGGUCAUCCCGCCGCCGGAUACACCACCACCACCCACCGAGAAGAGGAGGAGGAGAGGAAGCCCGGCGUCAUCGGAAGCUUAAUCAAGUCAGUCCAAGGUACUCUGGGUCAUGCAAAGGACGCCGUCACCGGAAAAGCCAGCGACACCGCGGAGGCCACCAAGGAAACGGCGGAGCAAGCGGCUCAGAAGGCCAAGGAGACAAAAGACUCCGCCGUAGGGAAGACCCAGAGUGCCGCUGAGCAGGCUAAGCAGAAAGCCGCGGAGGCAAAGGACGCGACCGCGGGAAAGGCCGCGGAGUACCGGGACUACACCGCUGAAAAAGCGAAGGAAAUGAAGGACGGCACGGUCCAGAAGGCAGGAGAAUAUAAAGAUUACGCGGCAGAUAAGGCGAAACAAACGGCCGAUGCCACGGCUGAGAAAGUAAGAGAAGCUAAAGAUUACACAGCUGAGAAAGCGAAAGAAAUGAAGGACGGCACGGUCCAAAAAGCGGGAGAAUACAAAGAUUACGCAGCCGAUAAGACGAAACAAACAACCGAUGCCACCGCUGAGAAAGCAAGAGAAGCUAAAGACAGGACAAUGGAUAAAGCGGGGGAGUACAAAGAUUACACGGCCCAGAAAGCGGGAGAAGCUAAAGACAAGACGGUGGAGUACAAAGAUUACACGGCUGAGAAAGCGGGAGAGGCUAAAGACAAGACGGAGGAGAAGGCGGGGGAGUAUAAGGAUUACACGGCCGAGAAAGCGAGAGAAGGGAAGGACACGACGGUUGGCAAGCUGGGUGAGCUGAAGGACUCGGCCGCUGACGCGGCUAAGAGGGCUAUGGGUUUCUUAACGGGAAAGAAAGAUGAGGCUGUGCAGAAGGCGGAGGAGACUGGGCAGGCGGUCCGGGAGAAGGCGGAAGAGACUGGCCAUGCCACCAGGCAGACAGCGGAGGAGACCGGGCAAGCCGCCAAGGAAAAGAUGUAUGACAGCAAGGAAGAUGUAAGGAGGAGAAUGGAAGACAUGCAUCUCAAAGACGAGUAUAACCUUCAGGAUGAAGGUCGAUGGAGGGAUGAGACUGGGAGGGAAAGUGUGGGAAAGAGUGGGGAAGGAGGAGGGCUGUUUGCCGGAAUGAAGGACAAACUUUUGGGUACGGCCGGGCCGAGGCACGACAACGAGAAACCAGCAGAACCGAGAAUCACUCGGGUGGUGGUGGACGUGGAUGAGACGCCGGUGGGGAAAACGUCAGCGACUUUGAAGGCGAGUGAUCAGAUGACGGGGCAGACGUUUAACGAUGUUGGCCGUCUCGAUGACGAAGAGAUAGCAAAAUGGAGCCCUUGAUUAAGCUAUACAUGUAUAUGAUGCAUGAUAUGCUAGCUAUACUAGUACGUUUGGUUGGUUGUUAUGUACACCGAUUUCCUAUCGGCUAGCUGCUCUGUUUCUGUUCAAAUUAAACUUGUGAUCUUUUCUUUCUUCAUAAUUCAAUAAUAAUGGGAUGUAUGUAGUAUGUACCUCCGCUUAUAUUUACUCCGUAUAUGUAUAUCGAUCCCAGAUGUUUUCGUUAUUUAGUUGAGUGAUGAAACGACUGAAUACGUGAUGGUUCAAUUUCACUUUCAAUCCAAAGCAUAAGUAGUGUAAUGAACUGAAAAUAUUUCAGUUCUGUAGCUUCAUACUUCAGUAUAAUGAGACUACGAAUUUCAAUGUUGUUCAAUGGAUCAAUGGUGUAAAACUGAAGGAUUCCAAUAUUGAAGACUACAAUUCACUUGUUUGUAGGGAAGUGGAUUCUGUUGGUACUCUAACAAAAAUGUGUGCUUCAGAACUCUAAUUCAAGAAAAGAAGUACAAGGCUCCUCCAAAUGGUAAACAUUGUUGGGGUAUUAGUAGGCUGUAGGCCCAUUGUUUGGAUACCUACGAUGUUUCUAUUGGAGUGCAGACUAGAAAUGUUGCGCUCACUUAUGAACAUAUUUAUGAGAAGAAGAAAUAUGAACUCUACAACUCUCCCUCACCUUAAGCAACUGCAUCAAGGCCAAGAACUUCAUCUGGAAAUGACUGUCAAGAGAAAUAUAGAAGUCAGUCUCUUGAAAUUGAUAUACAAUACUUUUAUAAGGAAAGCCUUCAGCAGUCUUAUCUGCUAACCAGUCUUUCCAGUCCCAAUGUGUCAACAAUCAUCAUUCUUCAUGAAAUAACCACAGAUAUAUUAUUUCAUGAGAUGAAGAAACAUAUUUUAAACUAUACUUUAGAGAAGAAAAAAAAAAUAUAAACACUGACUUUAUUUAUGAGAAGAAGAAAUCCACUUUCCAAUUCCCACAUUUUGGAGCGUAACAGUUGUUUCUCCCUCUAGCUCUAUCUUAUCGAUGGGCGGCUCUUCGAUUUGGGGUUUUCCCAUGCGAUGAGUUUCCUGAAGCGAACAAGAAGCAGAGACAACAAUGGCGAGAGGAUGGCGUCAUCAAGUGAAGGUCAUGGACGAAGCUUGGGUUAAAAGCUGGAACAGAUCUGGAUUCAACGUCAUCUGUGAUUGGUGACGAAAGUAGAGGCUUGACAGAAAAGAUGAUGAAUAAGAGGUGGGGUGAGGAAGAAGCUAUUGUACUGCUGGCUUGUCCCCCUCCUGAACCGCAGCCAUGGAGUGCUAGAGAAUCUAGGGUUUAAAAGAAAACCAGUGAACUCUGUUUUAAUUCCGUUUUUUGUUUGUUUGUGUUUUUAUUUCAAACAGCAUGUUGUUUUGGUUGUUGACGUACACUUUGUCGUGAGUGCACUCAAAAUAAAUUUAAUACUAGCACUUAUACGUAGUAUAGGUGAAGUAGAGUUCGUAUCCACAGGGAAAGGAAUAAUUCUCUUUUUUAUGAACUAGUAAAUAAAGGGGGG